GUCUACUCCUACCGCUGUCGAAUUCAGCACCUUGGCUAGUUCCUACCCUCCAGUGGAACUGCAUCGUGUCUUUCCCGAGUGCAAGGAAACCUCUGUCAUUUGGUUGCGAGGGGCUGGGGAGGAGAGGAGGGAGACUCCUGUUGUUUUUUUUUACCCCUGCAUUUUUUGUUGGUUAUUUUCUCUGUGUGUUUAUUUCUCCUUGCUGCUGUUAUUUAGUUACAUUAUGUAAAUGAUUGUUAUUGUACGUGUGUGUGUGUAUGUGUGCGUGUGCGUGUGUGUGUGCGUGUGUGUGUGCAAUUGAUAAGACAAUUCUAUUUGGAUCUGUGCUGGAUUGAUCAUCUCAACACUCCGGUGGUGAUGACGCUAGCAUUUUAUUCCACUCCUUGUGCCUGAGUAAGAGAGGCAGCGGCCCGGGUGUAAGGCAAAUCCGCUACACAGAGAGAAAGAGAGAGAGAGAGAGAGAGACUUCCACCGACUGCGCUCACCAACGGGAAGCCCUCCGCCUGCCGAGAGCCUCACCGACCCAGCCACAGGAGCCACGCUCGCGGGGGUCUCCAGGACGUGACAGGAUAAGGCAUGGGAAGUCAAGGCAAUGGGAUAAGACUGCAACAGAUUCUGCUGGAGGUUUGAGAAGGUACUCCUGAGUGGCAUCUCUCCACAUGGCGGACAACCAGCUCAGUCAGGAAGGGGGCGUGCCAGACCUGGAGAUCAUCUCCCAGCAGGUGGAGGAGGAGAGCCAGUGCAUCGCCCCCGUACAACUGGUGAGCUUCGCCUACCGCGACCUGCCGCUGGCCACGCUCGACCUCUCGUUGGCCGGCUCGCAGCUGCUCUCCAACAUGGAUGACGACGACCAGCGGGAGAGCUCGAAUUGGCUGAAGCCUUGUUGUGGGAGGCGAGCAGCGGUAUGGCAGGUGGUUCUGCUCAGCGUUGGGCUCAACUGCUUCCUGGUGGCGGCUGUGGUCCUAGUCGUCCUCCUCCUGACUCUGGAACUCCUCAUUGACACAAAGUUGCUUCAAUUUACCAGUGCGUUCCAGUUUGCUGGAGUCAUUCACUGGAUAAGUCUUGUCAUCCUCUCUGUCUUCUUCACAGAGACUGUCUUCAGGAUUGUUGUUCUUGGCAUUUGGGAUUACAUAGAGAACAAAGUGGAGGUGUUUGAUGGCGCUGUCAUAGUCCUGUCCUUGGCACCGAUGGUGGCUUCGACGGUGGCGAAUGGACCCAGCAGCCCAUGGGACGCUAUCAGCCUGAUCAUCACCCUUCGCAUAUGGAAGGUCAAGCGUAUUAUUGACGCUUACGUGCUGCCGGUGAAGGUGGAGAUGGAGAUGGUGGUCCAGCAGUACGAGAAAGCCAAGCAGGUUCGCGAGGAACAGCUGGAGCGGCUGACACAGAUCUGUCAGGAGCAGGCGUUUGAGAUCAGGCAGCUGAGGGCUCACCUUGCCCAACAGGACCUGGACCUUGCAGCCGAGAGAGAGGCCGCCAUGCAGAUGCACCAUGUAUGGAACAAGCAGACCAACAAGUUUCAAGUGGUGGACGGGUCAAAUGCGGGAGCGUCCGACGACGAGUGUCCUGAGAGUAUCAUCGGACCACACCAGCCACCAAAAGCAGCCACAAGGGACGACAUGAACAAUUACAUCAGCCAGUACUAUAGUGAGCCAAGCAGUGAGAUGGCAGUUCCAGAAGGUGGCUCCCAUGUCAUCACCACAGCUGCCAUUGACGUCCACCUCCCCAGCACGCUUCACAACGCUUCAUCCGAUUUGCUGAGCGUGGAGGUGCCACACAGCUGGAGCGUGUCAGCAGUUUCGGUGAGCGACACCUCGGGGAGUGCCUCCAGAUCCAUAGACAGCAGCACCACACAAGCUCAGAGCGUCAGCAGCCAAACCUUGGGCUCUUCCACAGACUGCAGCACAACCAGGGAGAUCUCCUCCGAAAGCUACCUGCUCGAAAGGCCCAAGACUCAGCAACAGGACAACAUGGAGCCCAUGGCGCAGAACGAGCCUAGCAGAGCAGUGCAGCAGCUGCUCUCUACUUUAUCGGAGGAUACCUGCCUCACUCAGAAAGGACUAGACCCUGUCAACCUUAAGCCACCAAGUCCACCUGUGUCUCCUGAUGCCAGCCCGGAGCUGGGACACAGAGUUAACCUCUGCAACAAGAAAAACCAAGACCAUCUCUGUGUCUAUCCAACAAAGCCAGUCAUCCAGAUCCAAGGUAACGAUCUCGCACUGGAUGAAAAGUACAGGCUCCUGGAGUCCACAGAGCCAACAGCAAACAGACUACCAGAGUCGUAGUCUUCACCCUGCCCAGAGCAGCACUCUGUUUAUCAGGACUUACUCUUGUCAAAAGCCAAGGAUCAGCAGUGGGGAAUUCCUCAAGUGACCUGGGAAAGAGGAAGGUCAGCGGUCCAGAUCCCACAUCUGGAUGUGGUGGAGAACGUCUUGCCAUUAGCACUCACUCAAGUACUGAGUAGGUGCAAAAUGUUAUGAUGAACCCAUGACUUUUUUAUUUUGUAUGUACAUUUUUUUUAUUUGUAAUAUGUCAUGAAGUGCUGAACAUCAUUGGAAGAGAUUACUGGGAGGAGUUCCACAGCAGUGUGUGAGAUCGAUCUUUAAAUGGACACAGUGACCUACCACAUCAAUGAAUGUAUGUCUAGUGAAAUAAGUCCAACUACAUCCAUGGGCUCAAUGUGCCUAUCCAGCCCACAUCUCCUGAUGGCAACACCCAAGCCUAACAGUUGCUGCUGGCAAUAUCAAAUGACAAGCACUUAUCAAGCUUCUGCUACAGCCCUUAUCUGCUACUUCAAAAGGGGGUCAAUCCAUAAUGUCCCCAAACAAUAGUCAGUACAGGAAGUCUCACAUAAGUUGUGAACAUUACUACCAGAUCCCAACUGUAUAAACCCAAGGAUUUACAUCUGCUGCAGAGGGAGAGUUAGUCAUUUGACAGUGGAAAUGUAUGACAGAAACAAAGAAAAUGGGAGUGAAGGAGAGAUUUUGCCAAAAGGAUAUUUUGGGCAUUACCAGAAUGUUUUCAUUUAAAAUUUUCAAAUUAUCUGUUCUUAGAAGUAAGGUAUUUGGGUUAUGGAGAAGCAGGUGAUGUGUAGGAGAAAAAACAAUAGCUGUCUUUAAAAUUGAGAUUGAAGACACAAAAGAGAAAUAAUUCACAAAUUUUAAGUGAUCUUCACAAACCCAAUUGUGGAGCAGCCAAUCUUCAGAGUACUUUGACAGCUCUUGAGUUGAAAAAGCGAUCACAAGAAAACUGUAUUGGCUGCAAGGCAGUUUGGAACAUUUUUUUUUUAUUAAUUCACUUGAGUUCAUUGCCUCUAGAAUACUGACUUGCAAUGGUUUUAACCCUCUGUUAAUAGAAGAACCAAGAUGUAUUCAGUAGAUGGGAAAGAAUGUAUUGGUACUAUUGAGGUUUUUGUUAUUGAACAGAAUCCAAUUUUGCCUUGCAGAAGUUUCUUCAUUCAGGUGGGUAGGGGUUUGCUUUACGGUUGGACAGUCAGGUCUUUUGCCUAAGCUGUCAAAUCCUCACCAUUUGGCUAUUAAGUCACGGAUCAAUAAGUGUUGCUCCCCACAAUCAUUUU